GCAGAGCUUAGCGUCGAACAGUCAAUCAGCGGUCUCUAGACUCGACGGAUAGGUAACAUAACUCGAUGCUAAGCUUCUUCGCGAAUCAUUUGAAAUCGUUGCUGUUUUGUGAGUCCUUAAUCUACUACAGUUCAUUCGGAGGAAUGUUUGACUAAUAUUGGUCCGUAAGUUCGAUAUUUCCAAUGUGCUACAUUCCAGGGUACGAAAUUAAAGUGCAACGCUUUGUAGUCAAAAUGGUGCGUUUAAAUAUAGAAAGCAAAUAAAAUUCGACAAAACCGAUAUAAUUAACCGAAAAGCCUUCUCAAGUGCGUCCGUAAGGGCAAUAAAAGUGUAUCAAGAGCUUUCGUGUGCGAUGAAUAGCGUAAAGAUGGGGAUUAUUGCGCUGAGCAGCAAAUAAGUAUGAAAACAUCCGCCAAAUCGGUCAGUGCAAACUAUAAAUACAGAAGUCCGUCAGCCGAGAGUGUAAAGAUAAGUGAUUACAUUGAUAUCGAUUUCUUGAUAACGAAGAGAAUAAGCGUUGAGCACUCGUUUUAGCCGUUCGAUUCAAGCGGAAAAAUGUGGCGAUUAGUGUGAAUCGACCGUUACUCUGAAGAGCGUGUGAUAGCGUUGCGGGAUUUGACGUGAUAAAACGUAAUGCGCAAGACGUCACAUGGCUUCGAGCGAGAAUUGGUGGGCAUAUGUGUUCGAUAUCGAGUACUUUAGGUCUAAAUUUCUAAUCUGUAACGCGAACCGAACUAUCGGUCAAGUCAGCUAGUGCCAGGUCAUGACUGGGUGGGUAGAACAGCUGCCGAAUUCGAAGAUAACGCAGUCGGUGCAGUUACUCGUAGUGUUGAAUCUGUUUCUCUCCUUCGCCCCCAAGAAUGUUGUUGUUGCGGAUCUGCCUCGAUUAUCUGGAGAGAAGAGAGAGAUUAUCAGAAAGUAUUACCCACACCAUACUGCUCGUGGCACAUAUGACGUCAACGACGAAGACGUUAUCCGCGCUAGGCGGCGAUUGGCUGCCUUCAUGGAAAUGCCUCCAUCAGUAUCCGUCAAUAACAAUAAUGGCAACUAUGGGGCACAUCUGGCAACAGGUAGUCAUCCCUACUCGCUUGAUGCAGAUCUUUUACAUUCACCAGCUACAAGAGCUUUGGGACCAAUCAUAGUGAAGGGAGCAAACAACAUGUCCCCUGAAGUGUUAGAAGACGUCGAACGACAAGAAUGCAUCCUUGGAAGAGCACACCACUAUAUGGCGAUGUGGUUGAAUCCAAAUGGAACGAUUAAUACUGGAAACAGUAAAAUUGAUGGUAACUUCCUGGACCUGUCACACAACUCAUCGUGGAAUCUGCUUAUCGAGAUAAGGCCAUUUCUCGGCCACCAUACUUCUAAGAAGCUCAUUUUCUUAUCCUUAGCAUUCAGCGGUAUCACCUCGGUGCCAAGAACGGAAUUAACAUAUGUCAAUGAUACUCUCACUUUCCUAUCGAUGAUGGGUAAUGUUCUAAUUCCCUUCAGUCUACCCGUCUUGCAUAAUUUGCGCGUUUUGGAUCUUCGACACUGUGGAUUCAGUAGCCUUCCGAACAGGGCGUUUGAAAAUACAAUUAAUCUACGAAAACUAUUCCUAGCACACAACAGUUUCACCAGGCUGAGCUCUCUCCAUUUUGUUGGAUUAUCCAACCUACAGCACCUGGAUCUCUCCUAUGUGAAUCAGAAUAGUUUCGCAGACUUCAUGGGACAUGAUCAGCAAAUAGAUCCAUACAAUUCACUCACGGAGGGCCUGGACUUGAGCGAAGAUGUGUUCACUCCGCUGACCAAUCUCACAUUUCUAGACGUCUCGUAUACGAAGCUACUUUCAUACAGUGCGAGAGCAUUUCGUAACGUGAUGGUCGUACAGUUGAGUCUCUGCUAUACUGGAAUACGAAUCAUUGUCGGUUCAAUGAUGAGCGGAACCCUAAAAGUACUUGAUAUAUCCGGAAAUCCAGGAAUAACAACUGCAAUCCAUCAUGACGUGGGCGAAGCUCGAGGGUUUAACGCCAAUUUGGAAAUACUAGUGUGCGAGAACUCAACCGUUAAGAACUUGGACUGGUUGAAUGGGAUGAUCAGUUUAAGGGUGCUGUUGUUGGGAACCAACAACAUCAAUCAGUUAACUAAUUUUACAUUUGUCAAUAUGGAACGCCUGGAGAUUCUCGAUCUAAAGCAUAAUCAUAUCAGUAACUGGCACCAACGGGUUUUCGAGAGAAACAUACACCUAUUUAUUCUGGACCUUUCCAUUAACAACAUCAACGUUCUAACGACAGAGAUGUUGUACGACUUCUCAAGCGUUGAGUUUCUAGCAAUUGGACAGAACAACUUCGUAUGUCAUUGUUUGCUGCGUGAGUUCAUUGAACUAGCAGCGAAGUAUUCCAAAGGCAUCGCGUGCCUUUUAUAUAGCAUCCUCAACCAAUUUCACGAUUCAUCGUCCGAAGCUUCGGACAAUCCGGAUACGAUUGAGUAUCUCGAUGACGACAUAUUUUCUCAAGACGGUGGCUUGAACAAUAAUGAUAGUAGUUCGAGUACAACCACAACCACAAGUGUUGCUCAAAGCCAGCUGACAACUGCACUUGAAAAGCAGCCUCGAGGUUUAUUCUUUACGACUGAAGCCACAGAACCACUUGAAGUGUUGGACGAAUCAGAGUCGGAAUACAAUGUGCUAUUCCGAGUAAUCUAUAGCUACGUGUCGACCGUAAGCGACAGCACUGCCAAGUUUCAGGAAAAUGCUGAUAAAUAUAACCGCGUCCGCCCUUCCUCGAGAGUUUACAGGAAAAUGGUAAACUCGCGAAUGCGGACCCGGUUUAUCCGUAUCGAUUGCGACAAUGACACCGACACCGAAGUAUACACCGACUUUCCCGAGGACGACGCAGAUGAACCCAUGUUCGGCGCGGACAUCAUAUUGAUGGACUUCGACGAAGAGAGCUACAAGUGUAUCGACUUGGAGAAUUCAGAGUAUGACCUUUUCGAGCAGGAACGCUGUACCUUCGACCGGACAUUGCUGGAUAAUAUAAACCUGGGUACGGCGGUUAACUCCACUAUGGCAAACAUAAUAAAGUUUUCGUUGAUUUGUCUCGGUUUUGUUCUGGUGGCGUGUACCAUCUACAUCUCCAAAUGGGAGUACAUCAAGUACUUCUGCAUCAUCGUGCGCAAUGCAACGGUUUUGAGCUUACUAAGGCAGAAGAACGAAACUUUGCUGAAGAAGCGAAGCAAAGCUUCUGAAAACGAUUGUUACAUGUACGAUGUAUUUGUCAGUUAUAGCGAACACGACCGACAAUGGGUUCUGGAUGAGUUACUUCCCAAUUUGGAGAAGACUGAGGAAAUUGCGGUGUGUUUGCACGAGAGAGACUUCCAGGUCGGUGUGAGUAUACUCGAAAAUAUAAUCCACUGCAUGGAUCAAUCGAGGACCUUGCUACUGGUUAUGUCCGAAAGCUUCCUCCUAAGCCACUGGUGUCAAUUCGAGAUGCAUCUCGCACAACACAGACUGCUGGAAACUCGUCGGGAGCAACUGAUACUGGUUAUGCUGGAAGACAUCCCGAAAAUCAAACGAUCCAAAACGCUCCAAUAUCUUAUGAAAACAAAAACCUAUAUUUUGUGGCCGCAGAAGCAUUCCUGUUCCAACGAAGAGUCUACUGUCAUAAACGUAGAACCUAAGAAGGACAAGUCUAAAAAGAGGGGCCGCAUUAAGAAGCAAACCGACGAGAAAGAUCCUCAAUCACUGGUAGAAGAGCGGAAGCUAUUUUGGAAGCGACUUCGGAAUGCGAUAAGCGAGGCCACUAUCUGGGAACACGACGUUAGUAGUAGUGCUUCAGGAGAGGACAAUAAAAAAAAUAAUCAAGAUAGUUUAAGAGAAAGCUCAGCGUAGUUCUGAAGAUUUAAUAUGAAAAAGUAAUCUGGUAGCUGUAGUAAGUAGUGAAAGAACCAUGAUUUCCAUGAAUAAACCGUAGUAUUUAGCUGUGAU